GUUUUGGCAGCGGGCGGUAUUGAAUUGAGAACCAAAGUUAUUUGAUAUUUCUUUUCUUUUUGUUUUCAGCGAUGAUAAUGUUUAUUUCACAAAAGAACAAUUGUAACAACAAGAAGAAAGGUUCUUAUAACUUUAAAUUUUAUUAAAAUGCUAUUGUGUUGAGGAAACAAUGAACGAUAGCGCCGCCGAAUGCUCGGAAGCUUUGGAUCCUCGCGUUCAGAUUGAGCUUGAGCGUCUAAACACUGCGACAGAUGAGAUCAACAGGCUUGAAGUUGAGCUGGACGAGGCUCGGCUGGCAUUCCGGAGACUGCUUGCAGAGGGUCACUUGCGGAUACAACAGCUUACUAAGAAACUUGGAACUAGUGUCCACAAAGCCAGGCCUUAUUAUGAAGCUAGAUUCAGAGCUAAUAUUACCUCACAAGAGUUACAAACUGCAACAGUCGCGUACGACAAGGCAAACAGCGCGCACGCGGCGGCGCGGGAGAUGGUGUACCUGGCGGAGCAGGGCCUGGCGCGCCUCGCUGAGGGGGGCGCCGGCGUCACCCUCGACCCUGCCUGGCAGGAGAUGCUUAACCACGCCACGCAUAGGGUUAAUCAGGCGGAGUCGGACCGCGCCAGCGCGACGGUGACGCAGCGCGCCCGCGCCGCCGCGCACCGCGCCGCCACCACCCUCGUCCACCAGCUGCAGAGCUCACUCAAACGACAUAUCGCCAAGUCCAGACCAUAUUUUGAGGAAAAGGCUAGAAUCAACACGGCGUUAGAAGCUCAAAAGGCUCGGAUUCAAACGUUGGAGGAGCAGGUCGCUGAAGCCAAGCAGCAGUACUCCUCAGCGCUGAGGAACUUGGAGAGGAUCUCCGAUGAAAUACACAAGCAUCGGUCCAGGAGACAGUCUGCUAGGAAUGAAAUCGACCGGUCAACAACGACAGAUACGGCGAGCGAUACAAACACGACGAGCAGCGAUAAGUUGGAGGAGCUUUGCGAGAGUAGCACGGAGGCCAGCGUCCGAGAGUGGUUGCGGCGCGCCGCCGACCACCAGCGACCGCGGGCCCUCCCUGACUGCGACACCUGGACCGAGAUAGACCUGGAGUACUCCAGCCCUGAAGAGGUGAGUUUCGAGAAAUGCUCGCUUCGAGCUCGUUCGACUCCGGAGAAAUGGUCGCCGCCUAGCCCGGUGGAGUCCCGGGCCUCGGCAGCGGAGCCCCGGCGCAUCAUUAGGACUGCGCCCCGAACUCACGCACUCAGGGAGGACCUCGACCGGCCACGGAGACAGAGCCUCGAUGCCCUGCUGCACGAUACCGGGGAGAAGGUCAAGGAGAUGUUUCAAGGUCUAUCCCUAUUCGGCGAGCGCCGUGGGUCGUCGUCGGCCCCCCGCACCCCGCGCCGCGCCGCCUCGCCCCGCGCCGCCUCCUCACACAGCGACGACAGAUACUCCGACACUGAUAGUCUUGCCAGCGUGGAGAUGCUGUCAGACGAGCAGAUAGCGUCGCUGAUGCUGGACGCGCAGCUGGAGGCUGUCUGCGAGAGGCUGGCCGGCGUCGCGGGCCGACAGCCUCGCUCCCCGCAUUCGCCAGAACAUCGGUAUUAGAUCAGAUUAUGUUUGCUGAAUGUCAUUUCAAGUUAAGAGCAGUUUAAAGGUAAACAACUACAGUACAAUGAAUCGUAAUAUUGUUGUAUAAAGUUGAUAAUCACUUGCAGAUCUUAUCGCAAUAAGGUCUAUUUUUGUUUGGCAAAAUUAGUGUGGUGAUAGCGUCUAAGUUAAGUAUUACAAUUAGAAGAGAGAAAUAGAAAACGCAAUUAUCUAAGUACGGACUGGAAAUGAAAUACCUUCCUAAGAAUAAUUGUUUAUGUAUAACUUGAAUACUAUUAAGUACAUAUCCCGUGAUUGAACCUAAACACUUUCUAUCAAGUAUAAAAAAUAGAACAUCUUUUUUUUCGAUUCAUCCCUCAAAAUAUGAAAAAAAAAACAUGCAAAAAUAGACCUUAUCGCCUUAAAAAUAAUAAACAUUAAGAUACGUACAUUUUGUACUUCUAACACCAUUCUUUAUGUACUAUAGUUUAACGCCAUCUAGCGGGCGACACCAACAACACAAAUUGUACUACUCUUCGCCUCGAUACUCUGCGAUACACGUUUUAUAGACAUUCAAAAACACGUCAAAAUACACUGAAAUGUCAAAUUUCUUCAACAUAUUAUUUAUAAUUUACGACCCAGUUCGCAAUUUUUGUAUAACCGCUAUUUACUAGAUAUAUUGUGUAUUUGAAUAUAGAACGAAAGUUAAUGUGAUAUUAAAGGGAACUUAUAUGUAGGUUAUAAAACAGACGGUUAAUGUUAUAACGCAGACAGAUUUCACUGUCUGUUUGCAUUAUAUAUAUUUCGAAAUUACAGGAUAGAUUUAAAAAUUAUCAAGGUUCGGAAAAA